AUGUUCAAAAAGUUGCAAAAGCUGGUUCCGAAAGACGUGAAGGAGGCCAUCCAUCAUGCCCAAGCGGCAAUCUCGAGCACCAGUCAGACUCGCAAAGCCGAGCCUGGGCUGCGCUGUGAGGAGGCGCCAUCUGCUGGAAGUUGUAUUUGCUCCAGCUGGCGGGAACGGAAAGACCUACGCUUGACAGCCGCGAUGGCUGUCUAUGCACGCACCCCCGCGGUGAGAUCCAUCAGUGCCGUGUCCCCCGACCGCCGUGUGGAGUCAGUACCAUGGACCAAGCAACCUGUGCUCACACCAAGCUACAAAGGACCUGUGGUCCACGAUCCGAUGGAUUUCAUGAAGGGUCCUAGACCACAACGGGGGCAGAGCCCACCUCCUCGUGUCACCUAUGCUUUGUGUGCAGAACCACGGGUCGAGCCGCGAAUGGGAGCCCUGUCUCCCAUUCCACAGCGGAAUAGCCACGUGCCGGCGAACACACCUGUUCACCAUGUGAUGGAGAAACCAAGCCCACAGAUCCCUCGAAGUGCACCACAGAUCACGGGGGUUGCUUUUGACGAGGCUAUGACAGCCCGGCCCGGAAUGGGCCGGCGUUUGGAUUGGCAUGGCUUCGAUGCAGUCUCCCCUGUGCAUGGUGCUGGCAGUAUGUCGUCCGCAGUGAGCGAAGGAGGCUACCCUCAUUCAUCACCGAUGCCAAAGUUCAGAGACCGGCGUGACAGUGCUUGCUUUCCAGUGGAUGUGGAAACGAAUCCAAAAGCUGUCAAGAGAGGCAAUUCAGACAGUUCAUUGGAGACCAAAGAACCUAGCAUUGACCUGCAAAAGCAGAUCGUUGAAGAGGUAAAUCGUGUGUUGGAGAACAGAUUGGCCGCAAAAGAGGAGACUGAGUCGCUGAAGAAAGAGCUUGACAAGGCGUUGAAUGACCGAGAGAUUGAAACUCAGCAGGUUCACCAUUUGACGGAGCGGCUGAUUGAAAUGGAGCAGCGCCUGGAGCGCGAAGCCGAUGCGCGCCGCAAGAUUCAGGCCAAGUUGGACCAGGGAGUGCUGAUCGAGAGUGAGCUCCAUCAGAAGGACAUGAAGAUCUCCGAGCUGGAGCGGAAGUUGAAAGCCAAAUCGGAUGAAGCGAGGAACUUGAAGGUCCGCCAGGAGCGUUUAGAAAAGCAGAUGGACGAUGCUCGCUCUACAAAGGAGAAGACUCAGAGGGAUUGCCAACGUGAAGUGCAGGACAAGCUGCAGGAGAAACGGGAUUUGGAGGAGAAGCUCUUCACGGCUCAGACCAGAGCCAAAAGCUUGGAGCAACGUUGUCAGGAGCUGGAAGAGACGCUGAAGCAAGAGCGAAACAAUGAACAGCUGCUGCGCGCGGAGAAGGACUUGGAGCAGAGGGAGAACCUCCUGAAAGGACGACAACAAGAGCUUCAGGCUCGCCUCUUGGAGGCCGAGCGCAGCCGCGAAGAAGUUCAACGGAUCCGAGAUGAGCUGCAAAUGCAGAAGCAUCAGCUUCAGAUCGAGGCUGCAGAGUUCCAGCAGCAACAAGAAACUUUGAAGCUUCAAGCCAAGGAGUGCGACCAGAAGUAUCGCAAUUGGGAAAGUCAGCGGCAGGAAGUGGAACAGCAGAACGAGCGCACGGCGCGUGAAUUGAACAUCAUGGUACAGCAGAGCCAGGAGAAGGUCACAGAAGAGGCCAAGAGGCGGUCGGGAUUGGAGAAGGAGCUGCGGCAAAGCAUGGAGGAGAAGGCACAUUUGCAAGAAGAGAUCCAGAAGCAGAAGGACGAGAUUUCGACCUUGCAAAGCCAGCUCCAAGCGAGCGAAGAGAGUGCUCAAGUUUGCGCUGAAGUUUUUCCAACACCUGCAGAGAUGAAGGAUGAAACAUGCUACGAACUCGAGAUCAGUCAGCAAAACGCCGAGCUGAUGCACGGCAUUCACUCUUUGAGCCAAGAGCUGAAGUGGUUGGCUUCAUACAAUUCAGUCUUACGUGAGCACAUCCCAUCAGACUUGGAGCCGAAGGUCAAGAAUGCCUUGGAGAAUCUGUCCUUUGCCGAAUGGCAACCACCUGCGGACAUGGCUCAGUGGUUGCGUGAGCGCCUCAAUUCGUUGGCACGAGCGUCCUCCCUCGGAGGCGUUUUGGAGAAUGCACAAUACAGUCUUCCGGAGGUCUCCGGCAACGUCGCAGACGACUUCUUUCGCGAUGGCGGCGAGCAAAGCGCUCAGCCGAUCAGCCGGGUGCUCUCGCAGGAUAUUUUCGAGAUCGGGGAUGAAGAUAUCUUGGUCCCAAACUCGGAGCCCCACUUUUGUGGCCCGGUGUUGCUUCUGCCCAUUCCAUGUUUGCAUAACCGGAUGGAACCGGUUGCCGGUUCAACCAAGCCUGCCUAUGGGACUGUUGAACUGCCUAAACGUGAAAAGAAAUUGUGGACUUCUUCGGACUACUGGCUCCUUGCAAGCUUGAAGCUCUUGGUCUUUGCUCUGACGAGUGCCAGCUAUUACUAUUAUGCCUUGCUGCCAGCAUGGGAGGCAGACCGGUCCAUCAGCUGGACAAAGAAGUCGACAUUGACUGUGACAUGGAUCACAACCUUGUUCGAGGCCUUGGGGCUAUUAUUGGCAGGGCCUUUAGCUGACUACAUCGAACCGGUGCUCCUGAUAGCCUUUGAGGGGCUUGUGGCCUUCUCUGGGCUCUUCAUCGCCACCACACUGCACAGCGCCCAUGGGUUGAUUCUCAGUUUACUGGUGGUGAGUUUCCUGAAGGGCAUUCUGUGGCCCUCCUUGGGAAGCAUCAUUUUCUCGCUGGACAAGGAAAAGCAGGAUGUUUGCUUCUUUUGUUGUGCAUUAGCCUCGAGGUUUGCAGAAGCUCUUGGAGAUUUCGGCCUGGGUCAACUGCUAUGGUUGGGCUUCCACUGGCGCUCAGCUCUCGCUUGCUUCGGGGGAUUUCUGGUGGCCAUUUUCCUGGGAGGAAUCUUCUGUUUGCAUGGGCUCUUGGCCAAGGGGAUUCACAUUGAAGAGCCCAUGUCACCAAGCUCUCCGACUUGGAGCGCAAGCUAUGGAGCCAAAUGGUUCCGGCUCUUUGUGGACUUCCAUGGCUGGUUGGCACUGCUGGUCCUUCUUGGGACCUCAGGACUUUGGGCCUUCUCAGGCUAUCUGUCCUUGCUCAUGCAGGCUCAGUUCCAAUUGGAUCCAGGUGGAGCAGCCAUGGCGGCUUCCAGCUUGCUAGCUGGCACCUUUCUGGGCCUUCUGCUGGCAGGUGUCGUGACCUACUUGAACGGCCGUGAGCAUGGUCGCUUGCUGCAGCUCAUUCAGGCGAAUGUGGCACUGUUGUGCCUUGUGUCAAUGGUGAUGAUGCCCGGUAUGAGUUUGACUCCUUGGGUCUUCUUCCUGCUUUUAACCGGAGCAGGUGCUGGACCACUCUUGUAUUUGCCCUACACGGUCUACUGCUCACAGGUACCGCGUUCACAACGAGCCUUUUGUAUGGCUGUGUUGGACAGCCUCUCUCAACUCUUUGGCUGCUGCGUGCAGGUCCUGUUCGGAAAUCUACGCAUUGUCAUUCCAGAGAAGGCCGGCCAGAUCAUGUAUGACUCCACGACCGCAGGCUUUGCCGUGACCGCAUUUUGCACCAUGCUGCUCUAUCGAAUGGUGGGCAAAGACUCGCAGCUCUCACACUUUUGA